AUGAAACAGGGGGUGGCUGUCUUUGAGAAUUUUGCCUCAGUGGAGGAGGAGAAUUCGAUAUUAAGUGAAGUGGAACCUUAUCUGAAACGACUCAAAUAUGAAGACAGCCACUGGGAUGAUGCAAUUAGAGGUUUCAGAGAGACAGAGAAAAAAACAUGGACAGCUAAAAAUAGACCAUUAAUUGAAAGAAUUCAAAAAACUUCAUUUACCCCGUCAUGUUCCAUCCUACCCCACGUUCAUGUCCUUGAUCUUUUGCCUUCUGGGGUCAUUAAGGCACAUGUAGACAGUGUCAAGUUUUGUGGGGAUACGAUAACAGGCUUGUGCCUACUGACCAGCUGUGUGAUGAGGUUUGUAAAUGUUGACGACCAAUCAAAGUAUGCAGAUGUAUUAUUGCCUAGGUACAGCCUGUAUUACAUGAAAAACGCCGCUAGGUACAAGUUCACCCACGAAGUCUUACCAAAUGACCUUUCAAAGUUCAAGGGCCUUCAGGUUCAAAGGUCAAGAAGAAUUGUUGUCCUCUUGAGAAACAAGCCUGUCAUUAAAGGGGAUGGUGAUGUUGAUGGGGGAGAAAGUGAUGAUGUUGGAAGUAGUUAUGGUGGGUACUCCAAGUCCUAG